AUGAAAAAUAUUGCAAAAGAAGUUAAAAUUUUUCGCGAAAAUAAUGGAACAAUUAUUUCAAUAAUAUCAAGUGACAAUAUGACGAAAACAUGUGCUACAAUUAAACAAGAUCAAUCAACAAAUAAGUCAAACAAUAGUACAGGCAUAACAAUUAAUGAUCAGCAUAAUGAAACUGAAUUCAUGGAUACAAAUGAUCAAAUUUUAUCAGUUUUGCGUGGCAUAAUUAAACGUGCUAAAGAAAAAGGUUUUAUUAUGGAACAAGAUAUCGAUGAUUUAGAAUAUUCAUCCGAAGAAGAAAUUACAAAAUCGAAUAAAGAUCUCAAUAAUAUAUGA